AUGCCCCAGCAAACAGCACGCGGUUGCAAGCACGCGCUCUCCAGCGAAAUUCAGUCUAGAAGCGCGCGCGAGCCAGCCAUCCUACUGCAGCCACCAGUAACGCGCUGCUCGCCUCACGGAUUCUCCAAUACACGAAAUGCGAAAGGCCGCGUCCACACGUUUGGACUCAUUUCCGCCCCUGCUUCCCCUCAUUUCCGCCCCUGCUUCCCCUCAUUUCCGCCCCUGCUUCCCCUCCUUUCCCCCCACGCAUCCCCUCAUUUCCGCCCCUGCUUCCCCUCAUUUCCGCCCCUGCUUCCCCUCCUUUCCCCCCACGCAUCCCCUCAUUUCCGCCCCUGCUUCCCCUCAUUUCCGCCCCUGCUUCCCCUCCUUUCCCCCCACGCAUCCCCUCAUUUCCGCCCCUGCUUCCCUCAUUUCCGCCCCUGCAUCCCCUCAUUUCCGCCCCUGCUUCCCCUCCUUUCCCCCCACGCAUCCCCUCAUUUCCGUCCCUGCAUCCCCUCAUUGCCACCCCUGCUUCCCCUCCUUUCCCCCCACGCAUCCCCUCAUUUCCGCCCCUGCUUCCCCUCCUUUCCCCCCACGAAUCCCCUCAAUUCCCCCCUGCCUCCCCUCCUUUCCCCCCUUGCUUCCCCUCCUUUCCCCCACUUAUUCCCCUCCUUUCCCCCACUGCUUCCCCUCCUUUCCCCACUGCUUCCCCUCCUUUCCCCCACUUAUUCCCCUCCUUUCCCCCACUGCUUCCCCUCCUUUCCCCCACUGCUUCCCCUCCUUUCCUCCACUUCUCUGCCUCGCCUUUCCCCCCCGUACUUCCCCUGCUUUCCCCCGCCGAUUCCCCUCCUUUCCUCUCCCCUCCUUCCCCCCGUUUCCCCCACUGCUUCCUCUCCUUUCCCCCACUGCUUCCCCUCCUUUUCCCCCCUCUCUGCAUCGCCUUUCCCCCCGUGCUUCCCCUCCUUUCCCCCCUCCCCCCCCGUUUCCACCACUGCAUCCCCUCCUUUCGCUCCCUUCCCUUGCUUACCCUCCCUCCCUCCCCCUACCUACUGUUUCCACUUUCCACCUCCAGUAUCGUACUACCACCCACGUUUCCCAGUAACCCUCUCCGCAUCCCUUCUCACCCCAUCCUUUCCUCUCCGCAUCCCUUCUCACCCCAUCCUUUCCUCUCCGCAUCCCUCCUCACCCCAUCCUUUCCUCUCCGCAUCCCUCCACACUCCAUCUAUCCUCUCAGCAUCCUUUCUCUCCCCAUCCCUCCUUGCCACCAUCCCCUCAGGUUUUGUGGCGCUGUGUCCAGGAAAGGCGACCUGCUGCGUGCACUCUUUGCUUAGUUACUAG